AUGAAAAUACAACCUCUAUUUGUGGUAGUAUUAGGAAUCAUCACCUAUAUGAUGAUAGUGGUACAUGGAGGCAAACCACUGCCAACACCCUCUGAUAUACACGUUGACAUGACACUGUCUGCUACAUCAUCUGUUCUAUCAUACAACACAACGACAGGAUGUUCAAUGGCCGGUGUCGUCCUUCAAGGUGCUUUCAACUCGAAUUUCAGUAUUACAACUGCCAAAACUUUCCAACCUUCUCCAGUAGCAGGAGGUAUGCCAACAGGAGUUUGUCCAUCACAUCUUGAAUACAAUGAAAACAGUUGUUGUGAUCAAGAACAAUUUGGUAUUUUGAGUGCACAAAUGCAAACUGCCAAUACUAUUUUUGGAAGAUGUCCAGCCUGUAUGAACAAUCUUUGGGAUUUGUGGUGUGCUAGUGGAUGUUCACCCUACCAAUCACAAUUUAUGAUUGUUGACAAGACAGCCCCCUACAUGUACAACCAUGUCAACUAUACCAAGGUAGCAUUUGCCACCUACAUUCUCGACCCAGUCUAUGCCGAAGGUAUCUACAACUCGUGUCGUGAUGUCAUUGCCAAUGGCAACGUGCCAUUUGCCGCACAGUAUCCAUCGUACCAAACCUUUUUCAAUGACUUUUUCGGAGGCAAUAACCCACAAUUUGGCAUCAACUUUAUAUUCGAUCCCGUCAAUGGCUACAGUUCCAACGUUGCCGUUCAAAAUUGUUCCGAGAGUUGUUCUUGUACCAGUUGUCGUGACCUCUGUUCAUUCCCUGGUGAAUAUGGUGAUUUUAGAAUGAUCAAUGAAUCAAUCAUUCCAAAUACUUAUUUAUUUGAUAAACAAGUACCAAUAUUAUCAGUUUGGUUAUUAUUUGGAUAUUAUUUAUUCUUGUUGACAUUAUUCACAACGAUUUCGAUUUGGUUGAUCAGAAAGAUAUUACAGAGAAAGAGACGGUAUGUGGCUAUUGGAUUGGUGUUGAUUGUUUUCAUUUACAUUUCGGCUAUUUUCUUGCCCGUCAUUUCUGGCAUCGUGCCUACGUCAUCGGAUACUUGUAAUUAUCAAAUGCCACAUGGCCAAGAUUGGGCAUGUGCAUUGGUCAUUACAUCAUUCUCGUAUUCGUUGGCCGUACUUGGUUUGAUGGCCUUGUCAUCGACCGUGCUCUACUUGAAAUACCGCUCCGAGCAACAACGCAUCCACUACCAAAACCAACUCAACAAUCAGAUCCCUUCCAAUGGGUCGAUCUACUCGUCACGUCUCGGCGACAAAAAGGGUGGAUACCCCAGCCCAUUGUUGACGUCGCAAGAGUCGCGUUUCAAGGAUAUUGGCAUGGACGACCCAUCACUUGUGCAAAAGGCAUUCUUUUUGCUCGGUCGUCUCGUGUCUAGAUACCCGCUCGUCACCAUUGCAGCCUGUCUGGUGUUUACCGGUGUCUGCUCGAUUGGUAUCCGCUUUCUUGUCAUCGAAGAGGAUCCCGUCAAACUGUGGGUCAGUCCCACCAGCAGAUCAGCCGUUGAAAAGGAGUACUUUGACAGCAACUUUGGUGCAUUCUAUCGUAUUGAACAACUCAUCCUUACACCGGUCGACCCCAACGUCACGAUUGUCGGUAACAACCAGACCCUGAUUGCCGAGCUUGCGCGACUCGAGAUCCAACUCAUGAACCUGUCGGCAGUCUAUGAAAACGAGACAUUAGUGUUGAGCGACCUCUGCUUCCAACCCACUCACAGAGGUUGUCUCGUCGAGUCAAUCACUGGUAUCUGGCAGCGUAACCUCGCGUUGAUUGGACAGUCUUCGUCCGCCUUCCAGACACAGCUCAAGGGCUGUCUUGGCAACCCGCUCAACACCAACUGUAUGGACGCUGUAGGUACGCCCGUCAACCCGUCGGUCGUGCUUGGUGGAUGGUCUGGUUUGCCUGCCGACGCAGUCAACGCAUCUGCCUUUGUCACAACCUUCCUCCUCAAGAACCCACCCGAGUUGCUCAACCAGGCCAUGGCAUGGGAGCAGGUCUGGCUCGACACGGUCCAAGCAUACAACCGCAACAGCAGCCGUCUUCUCAACGCUGCCUACUCGGCCGAGCGUUCCGUCCAAGACGAACUUUCCCGUGAGAGUGCUGCCGAUAUUUCAACCAUCGUCAUCUCUUACUCUGUCAUGUUUGUCUAUGUCUCUAUGGCACUUGGCCGUUUCUACCCACGUCCACAACGUUUCCUAUCUUAUAUUAUCAACUCUAGAUUCUCUUUGGGUCUCUCUGGUAUCUUGGUAGUCGCAUCGUCUAUCUGUAUCGCGGUUGGUCUCUGUUCAUUUGGCGGUAUCAAGGCAACACUCAUCAUUUCCGAGGUCAUCCCAUUCCUCGUGUUGGCAAUUGGUGUCGACAAUAUCUUUAUCCUCGUCAACACGUUUGAGAAUCUCUAUGUCACUGCCUACGACAGCAAUACCCGGUCGUCUGCCAAACCACCCAUUGAAUUGACCCUCGCCCGUGCCAUGGCCCGUGUCGGUCCCUCCAUGGCCCUCGCCUCUCUCUCUGAAUCACUCGCCUUCCUCCUUGGAACCAUCACCAAGAUGCCUGCCGUCGUCGCAUUCUCUGCCUACGCGUCCGUCGCCAUUUUAUUCGACUUUUUGCUCCAAAUCACAGCCUUUGCCGCAUUGCUCGUGCUCGAUACCAAGAGAUCAGAGUCUCGUCGUAUCGACUGUAUCCCAUGUGUGUCGUUGGAUGAUGGAGACAAUUCCGACGACGACGAACCCGAAGUCAACGAGGAAAAGAUGCCAUUGGCCGCACACGAAGACUACAUGUCGACCAACUCAUCCUACAACCCCGUCUACAAGAAAAAGGAUAGUCUUUUAAAGGUCGCCUUUAAAAAGUAUUAUGCUCCCUUUGUCAUGCACCCCAUUGUCAAGAUUGUCGCCGUCGUCGUCUUUUUGGGCGCCUUCCUCUUGGCCAUCACCCUAUCAUUUGACCUCCAACUUGGACUUGACCAACGUGUCGCUCUGCCAGGUGACAGCUACCUCCAAGCCUACUUCAGCGAGAUGGACGAGUAUUUAGAGGUCGGACCACCAUUCUAUAUCGUCAUUAAGGGUGCCUACAACUACACAGACUUUAACUCACAGAACCUACUCUGUACCAUCCAAAAUUGUACCGACACGUCUGUUGUCAACGUCUACAACAACGCACCGUUUGUGCAUCCAGGUGUCAGCUCGUGGCUCGACGAUUACAUGUCGUGGGCUGCCAACCCAUCGUGCUGCGGUGUCAUGCCAGACGGGUCUUCGUGUAUCCCCGGUGAGUCGACCAACUGCACCGGCUGCUUUACACUCACCAACGAGGACCGUCCCAACCCACAACAAUUUGUAAAGUUCCUCCCCACCUUUUUCAACUUUUCAGUCACUCCCGGUGGUUUGUGUCCUGUCACUGGUCUCGCCUAUGCAUCCGAUCUCAAUAUCCAAAACGGUUCAACCAUCAUUGCAUCACGUUUCGAUGGCUACCAUUCCACACUCCGCACACAAAACGAUUUUAUCAAUGCCCUCAAGGCUGCCUAUUAUUUGGCCGAUCAUUUUAGCGAUGAAUUCUCCAUCUUUGUCUACUCUGUCUUUUAUGUCUACUUUGAGCAGUAUCUUACCAUUCAGAGUAUCGCUGUCAUGGCUAUUGGUCUCGCUCUUGCCGGUGUCCUAGUCGUCUGUCUCAUUCUCCUUGCCAACCCCGUCAUCUCACUCCUUGUCGUGCUCUGCGUCGCCAUGGUGUCGGUCGAUCUUCUCGGUGUCAUGUAUCUCUGGAAUGUCAACCUCAAUGCCGUCUCGGUCGUCAAUGUCGUCAUGGCCAUUGGUAUCUCUAUUGAAUUCUGUGUCCACGUUGCUCACGCCUUUAUCCGUGCCCCCGACACCAUGGACAAGUCUGAAAAGGCCAAAUACGCCCUCACCGAAGUUGGUAGUUCCAUCGUCAGUGGUAUUUUCAUCACUAAAUUAUUAGGUGUUGUAGUUUUAGGUUUUUCAAAUUCUGAAAUCUUUAGAGUAUAUUAUUUCCGUAUGUAUAUUUCGAUUGUUAUACUCGGUGCAUUACAUGGAUUAGUUUUAUUGCCAGUUUUACUUAGUUUCUUUGGAUCUGAUAAAUUCAACUUUUCAAAAUGGUGUAAAAAGAAUAAUCAAGAUUCAUUGGAUGAUUAA